CUCUAGCUCCCCACCCCCAAACACACGCUCACACACACACACACACACGCACACACACCGACACGAUACCGUGUCUGUUUUUGUUUUUUAUUUUAUUGUCUUGCAACAAAUCUCGUUUUUUAUUUUAUUGACUACACAUGUAUCCCCCAUAAAUCUAUGUUAUUUUUAAAUGGACAAGGAAACACUCAAAACUCAGGGCUUAACAGAUGAGUAAAAGUACCGCAUUUGUUCAGUCUCUUGCAUCCCAAUAGAAUAUAACAGCAGAUCUGCUACAUGUCUGGAAGCGAUCAGCAGAGUUACUGUGAAACAGCUGGAACAUCUUCAAUUCAGAUGACAUGACGACAUGACGGAAGGGUACAUCUCAACCUGAGCCCCAGAUGCCUCCUCUCCCUCUUGACGAGCGUAUUGUGGUUAUCCAGCGGCCUAAGAGUUUGCCCCUGCGUGCGGACUCCCCCCAGACCACCUCUCAGCAGCCGCAAAAUACCUCCACCAGGAGCGGACUGCCACCUCCCCCCACCCAGCCCCAGGCCCAAUCCCAUCCCCACCCUGGCUGCUCCUCCUCGUCUUCCUCAGAGCGGAGGCGUAGGUCCUCCCGUGUAAGGAGAUCCAAAGGGGAGCGAGGAACAGCUGUCAGUGGCAAUAGUGACACCCUUGGUCACAGUAGGCACAGCGAUGGGACAGUGACAUUGGGGUCUGGUCACAAGCACACGCACACAAUAGAUAUUAAGCUUUCCCUGGGGACAAACGGAGGAGCUGGGGGAAUUGUCCCUGGGAAAGCACAGGGAAGCAGCUUGAGCCGCAACGGGAGUGUGAAGGGGAACAAGGAUAAGAAGGUUUCUUUGCACCUGGAUCUGGGGCAGGGGGGCAGAAAAUCUGGGGGGACUUUAGGAAAAGAGGGAGGGGCAGUUCAGCAACUGCAGAAUCAUCCCCAGAACAAGAACAAGACUCAGGCCAACAGCCACCAUCCUCAAAACCAGCUGUCUGUGCCUCCAGGGGGGGUCUUCGGGCUCGUUCCAGCUCAAGGACAACAUCCAAAGCUCGGGAAGGAGAGAGACCAGGAUGUGGCUCUCCAGUCAUACGCUGCAGUAGCCAGCCACCCAUCCCGGGCCUUCAAAGAGGCACCCUGCACGGGUAACAAAGAGAACUCCAAAUUGGGACCAACCCUCCACCCUUCCAACUCUCACUGCCUACCCCACCAACACUGUGCGCCUCACGCGUCGGUCCUCAGUGCCCGCUACCCUGCUCUCUCCCCCCUCUUUUCCCAGCCCCAGCUGCCGUUCCACCACCAGUCGAGCCAGCCCCGCCCGUCCCGCAGCCGGGAGCGACCCCUCCGGCAUGGCCCUCCCACCUCCCGCAGCUCCUCCAGAGGGGGCGGCUUCCCCAGCCCAGACCACACUUGCACUCUCAACCUCGCCCACCCCUUCAACUGUGGCUGCUGGAGGCUGGUGCGCUGCAGUGGCGGAGGGCGAUCUGCCGGGUGCCGUGGGGGUGGGAUCGCCGGGAUUGGUGGUGGGGGUGGUGGUCGAGGGUCGAACUCCAGAGUCACGGGCCUUAAAAACUUUGCAGGCUGCCUGUCUGCCUCUUCCACCACCAACACCUCCUCCUCCAACAGCACAAUGUCCGACUGUCAGGCAGGGCUCCUGAGGCCCCUAGGCUGUGCGCCUUGCUCUGGUGGAGGAGCGGACUUCGAGAGCCCGGCUGCUCUCCGCAAGAAGCUGGUUGCGGGAUGCCUCCCGUGCGCGCCACUGUCCUCGUCCGCCCCCCUCCGUGCCCUUCAGAGUUGCGUGGCGGGCUGUAACCCCAAGGCCAGCCAAACGGGCAGCUCCACCUGCAGCUACUGCAGCAGUGACCCCAUCGUGAUUGCCUACAACCCUCGCGGCGGGAAGGGGUCCGGGGCAGGCCGAGGCACGGGGGGCGCGGACAGAGGGGCGCGCUCGGCCGGGGUCUUCUCGGGCGACGAUGACGACUACAGCGUGCGCACCAUCUGGCCGGAGGAGCUCGCCCGGAAGAUGACCCGCUCCAAACCCCUGCAGAACCGCGAGUACGGCGGGCCGGGGCCGGGGGCCAGCGGUACAUGUGACGGUCACGGGCGGAACGGCGGCGACGGGACCAGCCCUGUGAUCCUGGACUGCCGGAACCUUCUGGAGUUCACCCAGUCCCAGCUGACGGACCGCGCCGGCCGGCGGCGGCUCCAGCAGGGGAAGAUGGCCGUGCUGGACUUCAUCGGGUCGGGCGCUGGCCGGGACGCGGGCCGAGAGUCGCUCAAGAGGCUUUGGACCAAGGGUGGAGAGUCCGGGUGUGGGGAUUCCAAUACGCUGAACGGUGACGCGACACUCCCCUCUUCCACGUCUGCCCAUUGUCCAACUCCACACUCCCCACCUCCCUUUUCUCCCCCGCCAUCAUGCCAUGCCACCCUUACCAAGCCUAAGGCUAGGGUGAGGGAAAAUGGACACUCGCCACCCCCCCACCCCCUUCCUUCAGCACAGUCACUGCACUUGGUCCUAAACUCCCUCAACAGAGAGCAAGAUGGGGAAAACGGGAAAGCGUACCCCUCUGAGCCUCCCCUGUCGCUUCCGCCCUCCUCCUCGCUCCCCGCCUCCCUGUCGGACGAGGGCGUGAUGACCCCCGACAUAGAAAACGCGGCGCUCAGCGCCAUCCUGCCCUUCCUCUUCCUGGGGAACGAGCGAGACGCCCAGGACCUGGAGCUCCUGCUGCGCCUCAACAUCGGCUUCGUGGUGAACGUCACCACCCACCUGCCCCUCUACCACCUGGCCACCGGCCUGGUCCGCUACAAGCGGCUGCCGGCCACGGACAGCAGCAAGCAGAACCUGAGGCAGUACUUCGAGGAGGUGUUUGAGUUCAUCGAGGAGGCUCACCAGAGCGGGCGAGGGGUGCUGGUCCACUGCCAGGCGGGCGUGUCCCGUUCGGCCACCAUCGUCAUCGCCUAUCUGAUGAAGCACACGCUCAUGACCAUGACAGACGCCUACAAGUACGUGAAGAGUCGGCGGCCCGUGGUCUCGCCCAACCUGAACUUCAUGGGGCAGCUGCUGGAGUUUGAGAGAGACCUCAACUCGGGGGUCACCCCCCGGAUCCUCACCCCGAAACUGAGCGGCCUGGAGACGCAGGUCUGAGAAGCAGGUCUGAGAACGCGGAGGGGUAGACUGAAGACUAGAGUUGGCAUGAUGAAAGGAGGGGAGGAGGGAAGGUGUAGGAGAGGCAAGUGGCACGGGGCAUCUCCUCAUUUACACAGCUUUGAUGGUUUGAUGGAAAACCUGAAAUAAGGAGAGAUGAGUCUGGUGGGUUAGAAGGAGAUGGGAGUGAGAAGAUGCUGACAGAAAAGGACUUGACCUACUCCUGCAUUGAUUACAGAUUUUGGGGGUGGGGGAUGAUGCAAUGGAAGAGAAUGAGAAAGAAGAGGAGAAAAGAAACUUAAAAGAUAAAGAGAAAGGGUUGCUCUUGGCAUUGUUCUUCCAACAAUCAGAUUAAAUGUGUAAAUCUUUUGCCAAAACAGUUUUUGAAGAGGAAAUGUUUGGAAGAAAUCAUGGCUGGAUACAGUAAAUUUAUUGGUCCUAACUAUAAAUGCUAAGAAGUGCCAAGUGUUAAUGAUGGGAAAAAAUAUUGUAAUCCUACAUGUUGAUAUAGUUCUUAUAAUCUCACGGUAAAGUAUAGUAGAUUAUUAAUAAACAUGCCAAACAGACACACACACACCUGUCGAGUGCAAUUACACAUUCCAUACAAUGCAGACAUGUACUAGGCUGGGGAUACACAUAGCAAAGUGCCAUACUACUCUGAGUGCUUUGGCACGCCAAACAAAGCUAUGCUAAUUCUACUGAUAGCUGAUUGGGGGGAUUGAAUGGAAGCCUAUUAAUGAUGAAACCCUUGGGUGCACUGGGAGUGUCAGUAUUUUGGGGAGAUGUGCAAUAAAGCUGCUAGCUGAGGAUUCAGCAGCAGAAGCAGUACUGGUAACAGAAACAGUGUUUAAACAGUACAAAUGAGUACAUGUGGAAAGAGAAGAGAAUUGCAAUUAAUUUAAGUGUUCCUGUGUUUAUAUAUAUAUAUAUAUAUAUAUAGUUAGUGAGCGUUAUAACAUGCGGGACACACAUAUGAUUUGGCUCUGUACUGUACAAUUUUUGAUUUGUAAUCAAACAAUUCAUAUGUGGUUUAGUGCAGCUUCCCAGAUACAGAUUACAGGGUGUUUAUUAUACAUUUUGGUUUCCCAAUGUAGAACUUACAGCACUUCAUGUAUAUUCAUAUAUAGAGGAGGGGGGCUAUGAAUAAAAAGUGCUGUAAUUUCUAUAUAGUGAAACCAGAGUGUAUAAAAAUACCUUUAUAAUAAAAGCUGUGAAUCUGAACUUUAACCAAAUGUAAAUUGUUUGAUUACAGAUUACCCAUCUAAAACUGUGGAGUACAGAGCCUUAAAAAAUGUCUUUGUUCUAAACGUUAUAUAUAUAUAUAUAUAUGUAUGUUGGUAUAUACUUUGAAAUACGGCAUUUUACUUGUUGAUUGAUUCCUUAUUCUUGUUUAUUUUGUGCUGUACUUGUUGUUUUCCUUGAAACCUGUCCCUGAGAUGUGCGUUUAUAUAUAUAUAUAUAUAUAAUAUAUAUAUAUAUAUAUAUAUAUACACAUAAUAGGCAACUGAGGUAGUGAACGCAAUGGAGUAUCCAUGGAGAAGUAAUGAACAAAGAAAACAGAUUAAAGGCAUCUUCUGAAAAGAACCAAAAUGCAGAGAACAAAGAGGACAAAAAAUGAUCCCGACCAUCAUUUUCACUUCAUUGACCAUAGACAGACUGAGAUUAUGAAGUUGCUGACUGCCAGUCUCUGUUUUCUUGUUUAUCUUUCACUUUUACCAUGUAUUCACCUGCAGUUCUUUCUUCCCUUUCAACUUUUUUUUAUCUUCAUUGACAUGUUAUUGAUCUGGAGAACCGUAGCAUUAUUGUGAGUUUAUGUAUUGUGUAGAAGAAGAACACUGUUACCGGGAUCACACUGUUGAAACUCAGGAUUAGACACAUUACCUGAAUGCUGUACAAUAUGUGGGAUUUGAAUGGCAUUGUGGUCUGACAAUGAAAAGAAACUAUGAAUAAUACUGGGUGGACAGAGAUGAGGGAGAAUAUUUUAAUGGAUGACAUCAGAGCAAUGGAAUUACAUUGAAUGCCAGAGCUUCCCAAGACAAACCUAAACUACUUCAUAUGGCAUUUACCAUACCUUUCUUAUUAUAUCUUCUUUCUCCACCUCAACCCUCUCUCUCUUUCUAUUGCUUCAACUGUGAUGUAUAUUAUUCAAUACUAUGCAUUUGUAUUUUACAUUCUUCCAUUUUAAUUACUUAAGAAAUUGUAGCUUUAUAGUUAAGUUCACUGUGAAUUGCACUCUUCCUAUAUACAUUUCUUCCAAAAAAUUCCAAGAAAUUGGAGUUGGUGUUAGAGAUGUCUGUGAGUUGGAUUGCUCCUAUAGACAUUUCUGUUACUUAACUUCACUCCUGGAUCAUUCCUUCAUUCUUACUAACUUGCUGACAAAUUUUGGACUGUGUUUGCCUGUCUUCCUGAAAUGGAAUCAGUUGUGGUCUCCUUAUUUCUUAUCAGAUUUUUUUAUCUGACAGAGGACAACUCUGCCACUGAACAGCAGUCACAGAUUUAUUAAACCCUUACUACUUCAAUGAUUUGUUUGAACACAGUUAAAAAAUACAGUUUCAAUGAAAUGAACAAAGUCAAUAAGAUGGAAAGCACUUACAAAUGUUAUGGAACUGUACUUGCCUUCUAUAUACCCAAACUAUACACAUACUGUACUCACACUUAUCUGAAAUAUACUGUAUAUAAAGCUGGCAGUAACUACUGAAUUGGAAGGUUAAGGGUACACUUGAUCUGUGCCCAGGGUUUAGUAUAUUAAUUAAUAUUAGUUUUUAAAAUAGAAGACAACAGUGGAGAUAUUUGAUGUACUUGACCUUUUGAACCUGAUACAAAAAGCAAACUGUUUCUUUGAUGAUCAGUCCAUUUUUGUUUACAUAUUUAAACCUCUUGCUGCCCAUGUGUGAGGAACAGAGUUAGGAACCAAAUAAGGAAGUAAUGAGAACAGAAAUUUCCUUGAGUGUUAAUCUCAGUAAGACAGUAUCUUUCAAACCAAUGUAGCAGCCAAUGAAAAAGUUAAGGCAGUUUAAAGACUAUACAAGAAGUUGCCUUUGAAUGGCAUGUAAUUUUUUUUUGCAGUUUUAUUAUUUGUCAAAAAAAAACUUUUGUUUGACUGUUGCAAAUGUAUGAUUUAACCCAGUUUAUGGUAAUUUCAAUAUUGCACCACUACCCCCUGGAAUUCAUACAAGCAAAAGCCUUUUGUGUAUUCAUGAACAGAACUUGAAAAAGCCUAGAGCAUGUUUGCUGUAUCUCUACUGCUCAUUUUGGCUUGUGUGUGUUUACGCUGAAAUCUUUCACUGUGAUUCCACUUUGUGUACACUAGGACCCUGCAACAGAAUUAGCACUUUUCCAUAGUUAUGUCAUUUAAGACCUUGUUUAGUCAUAAGCAUGUCCAUUAAAAGGUACUUAAUGCUUACUUGAGUUAUUGAAUCUUCACUUGGAACAAGCAUUGAGUGCUUGGUUUUUUCUUAGCUACAAACAUUUCUUGUUUGUAGCUUAGAAAAUGAAAAAACUUGGAAGCAAAUUUUCUCUAAUUAAAUCUAAAUCUCUUCCAACUUUGUUUUGCACAUGAAAAAUCAGAUCAAAUACAGAUCCCUGUGUGAACGUAUUCUGACAGUUUGUAAAUUUGUGAAGCCAUUCAUGUACAUGUAUAUCCAUUUGAGUAAUUAAUGCUUGAUUUUUUGAUAUCCCAUGGCUGGAGCCAAACCAUGAAGUGAAUUGAACAGAAGACAAAUGGUAAUUGACAGAAGACCAAUUAGUUAGAAUGGACAAAUUCAUGGAAAAUCUGACGAAGUGGGAACACCCUUACCCCCCCCCCCCCCCCAUUUGUGCUUCUUUUCUCCUGUAUGACCCCCCCUUGUCCCACCUUUCUACCCAGCUAACACAAUACUGUGUGUCCUCUCAGUGUUGCUGUGGUGUUGCAUCAGUGUGAGAUUGCUAAAGUGUUAAUGACAAAUUUGUGUUAGACAGUUUGCUAAUCAUAAAGUCAGGACACCAAAUGUCACAUGGUCUGUUCUCAAGGCUUGCUGCUUUGUACUUUGGUGUCCCCAUUGUGGUCUCGUUAGUCCGGUGUGUACAAGGCCCACUGGAGUUCUGUGCUCUUGUUCAAUGGUAACAGUACAACACAAUGACUGGACACCCAUAUAUUGACAUGCCUGUAUGCACAUGUACUGUACACCAUUGUGUAUUUCAUUUUUUUAUAUUUAUGUAUGGGGUGCUGGCUGUUUUGUUUGCAAGGUUGAGCAGACCUACUCUACGUAUUACUGUGUGAGAGACUGGAGAUGCCGCAGUGAAAUCACAACACUGACACUGGUGAUAAGGAAUUACUGCAUAUGAUAAGAAUACUGUACUAGCUGAACAAAAAAUGUGCAGAAAAAAAGCAUCUUUAAAAAGUUGAAAUGAAGUUGGCUGAUGUUUAAAUUGUCUUCCCUGUUUUCUUUCUGGGAAAUCUGCAUCAACAGAAUAGUUUAUUAAAACAAUUUUGUACAUCA